AUGGCCGAAGACAACCGAGAGCCCCUGGCAGGAGCCAGCACCCUCCGAGAGGCCCUCCGGGCGCUCCUGCCCCACAGGAAGGAGGAGCUGGUGCCGGAGCUCGGGGAGAAGGUAGAGCACAGCAUGGUGCGGCUGCUGCGGGAGGCCGCCGAGCUGUUCUGCGGGGGCUGCUGGAGCGAGUGUCUGCAGGCCAGCGAGGCCAUCCUGGACUACUCCUGGGAGAAACUCAACACGGGCCCGUGGCAGGAUGUCCACAAGGACUGGCGCCGCGUCUACGCCUUCGGCUGCCUCCUGAAGGCAGUGUGUCUGUUCGAGGAGCCUGGGGAUUCCCCCACAGUGGCCGCGGCCCUGAAGGCCUGUGACAUGGGCCUGCUGAUGGGGGCGGCCAUCCAUGGGGACAUCCUCAUUAAAGUCGCCGCUGUCCUCCAGGCUCACCUCCCCUCAGCAAAGAGGCCCGGCCCAGGCCUGGCCCAGGAGCAGCCCAGCAUGAAGAAAGCGAGGGACGACUGUGUUUCGGUCCCGGAUGUGGCAUCGGAGAGACUGGUCCCCCGGCUUCACUGUCCGUCCCUCCAGCAUUUCAGGAAGCAGUUUCUGGUUCCCGGGAGGCCUGUGAUCCUGGAAGGCGUGGCGGACCAGUGGCCGUGCAUGACGAAGUGGAGUUUGGAGUACAUCCAAGACAUUGCCGGCUGCCGAACUGUCCCGGUGGAAGUCGGUUCCAGGUACACGGACGAGGACUGGUCGCAGACGCUCAUGACGGUCAAUGAGUUCAUCAGCAGAUACGUCAGGAGUGAGUCAAGGGACGUCGGGUACCUUGCGCAGCACCAGCUCUUUGACCAGAUCCCGGAGCUGAAGCGGGACAUCAGCAUCCCGGACUACUGCUGCCUGGGCGACGGGGAGGAGGAAGAGAUCACCAUUAAUGCCUGGUUUGGUCCCCAAGGAACCGUGUCCCCCCUUCAUCAGGACCCUCAGCAGAACUUUCUGGUCCAGGUGAUUGGCAGGAAGUACAUCCGGCUGUAUUCCCCGCAGGAGUCAGAGGCUUUAUAUCCGCACGAGACGCACCUUCUUCAUAACACGAGCCAGGUUGACGUGGAGAAUCCCGACCUGGAGAAGUUCCCCAAGUUUGCUGAGGCCCCGUUCCUGUCCUGCAUCCUGUCUCCCGGGGAGAUCCUGUUUAUCCCGGUUCAGUACUGGCAUUACGUGCGGGCUCUGGACUUGAGCUUCUCCGUCAGCUUCUGGUGGUCGUAG